AUGAAGUCUAUUCUAUUGGCGGUGGUGACUUUCAUUUGCAUAAAAUCCGGCGCUGCCGAUGAAACAAUAACUGAGGGCACCGAACUCGUAUUAACCUUCUUGGUCCAUAGGCAUGGAGACAGGACCCCGGUUAAAUCCACGAUGGGAUUAAGUGACAAUCCAGAAGCUUUAGAAGAACUAAUACGCCCUUACGGAUAUGGACAGCUAACAAAUGUCGGAAAACGCCGAAGUUUCGAGAUGGGUAAAUUUAUUCGCCAUCGAUAUGGUGAUCUUAUAUCCUCGCAGUACAACUCCUCCGAACUCUAUUUGCGGUCAACGGACUCCACUCGUGCUAAAAUGACGGCGUUGGUAGCUAUGGCUGCUGUCUACCCCGCAAAGGGUCAAGAAUGGAUGGAGGAUAUAAACUGGGUGCCUGUACCUUAUACAACUUUACCAGCGAAAUAUGAUUAUAACCUUGCCGUGUUAAACUGCCCCACGCUGAUCAUGGCCUACAAGAAUGCAUCAAAUUCCCUUAAAAUGGAACAGUACAGCGAUUCGUUUGAACAGUUUGGACAAAACGUAUCUGCGCUGAAGCAAGAACCACUCCUCACUUACUUGAUGUAUGAUGUAUAUCGCAGUCAGGCUAAUCUUUGCAAUGGCUGA